AUGGCGAGCGCCGACGCCGACGCCGACGAAGCGCCGCUGCUCUCUGAGGAACCCCUCUGUCCAGGAUCCUGCAGCCGUGAGCUCGAGCUGCGGGAGUUCCGCGACCGCUACGUGAUCCGCUCGCUCGACGGCGCCGCCGCCUUCGCCGUCGCUCGCUCCGGCGGCUCCAUCCGCCCUCUCUCCCCAGAGGAAGCCGCAACUGGGACUGGGAGCGACUGCAAGGUUUCCAGAAUAUACGGGGUGGUCGGCAACAUAAGAUUGCUCGCCGGAAGCUAUGUACUCGUUAUCACUUCUCGGAAAGAUGCUGGCUCUUAUCAGGGCUCCCCUGUGUACCAUGUGAACUCCAUGAAAUUCUUAUGCUGCAACGAGGCUAUAAAGCACUUAACUCCACAGGAAAGAAGGGAUGAGGCAUACUUCAUGUCUCUCCUGAGAAUUGCAGAAACUACUUGUGGAUUGUAUUAUUCAUACGACAGGGAUUUGACACUAAACUUGCAGAGGGCAUCCAAGUUGACUGCAGGGAGGAUACAUAAACCACUAUGGAAGCAGGCUGAUCCACGUUUUGUUUGGAACAAAAAUUUGUUAGAGGAGCUUAUUGAAGCUAAGUCAGCGCAAUUUACCUUGAAGGAUAGACCAGUCAGAAUAACAUUGUUCUCAAGGAGAUGCAACAGGCGUUUAGGAACAAGAAUGUGGAGAAGGGGUGCGAAUCUUGAAGGCGCCACAGCAAAUUUUGUAGAAACAGAACAGUUGGUUGAGUAUGAAGGUCUCACAUCCUCAUUUAUACAGGUUCAAGGAUCAAUUCCACUUCUCUGGGAGCAAAUAGUGGAUUUAAGCUACAAACCACGACUUAGCAUUAUUGAACAUGAAGAAACUCCUAAGGUUGUUCAACGCCACUUCCAUGAUCUUUCACAACGAUAUGGCGAGACAAUUGUUAUUGACUUGACUGAUAAACGAGGUGAUGAAGGAGAUUUGAGUAAUGCAUUUGCUGCUGAAAUGGGCAGAAUUCCUGGUGUCAGGUAUAUACAUUUUGAUUUCCAUCAUGUUUGUCAUGGAGGUAACUUUGACAAUUUGCAAGCUCUCUACAAUCAAAUUGAGGAAGCUAUUCAUAAGCAAGGAUAUUUUCUUAUGAACACUAAAGGAGAGAUUUUGUGGGAGCAAAGUGGUGUACUUAGGUCCAAUUGCAUUGAUUGCCUGGACCGUACAAAUGUGACACAGAGUUUCCUUGCAAGAAAAUCAUUGGAUUCUCAGUUGCAGCGGAUGGGGGCAUUAUUGUCAUCUGAAAGCAUUUCUCUCUCUGAUAACAUUAAUGAUAUAUUCAAAAAAUUAUGGGUCGAGCACGGUGAUGAGCUGAGCCUGGAGUACGCUGGUUCUUAUGCUUUGAAAGGGGAUCUAGUGAGAUAUGGAAGGCAGACAUUACCUGGACUAAUUAAAGAUGGAAUGAGUGCUCUUUCAAGAUAUUAUUUGAAUAAUUUUCAUGAUGGAGUGCGGCAAGAUGCUCUUGACCUUAUUAGCGGUUAUUAUACAGUCAGCCAAGGCAGCUCCUCUCCUUUUCAUAAUGGUGGAUUUGAAUCUUCUUCGGAACUCAAACCGAUCUCUGUCGUGUUGCAUUCAACAACUUUGAACGAGGCUGCCUUUCACGCGUCGCUCCGUUUCCAUCCUCGGUUGCAGCUGGAGUUCUUGACGAUGAUGCCCUAA